UCUUCGGCGCAAUACUCAUGUGAUAGUCCACCACCAUUUUAGAGACGGCAAUAACUCGUGCUCCUCACACGCUUCACGCAUUUACUGCUAUCCAAACUAUCCAAGAUGUGGGGUGGGUUGUGGAUGAAGCAUAUGUCUAAAACCCCACUAACCCACCAAUUGUAACCGUCCAAUUCAUCGCUAUCAAAUGAAUGGUCAGGAGUAAAACAGCGAGCAGGACAAACUGCAAGGGUAAAAUUAGACGGUUACUAACAUGAUCUCAGUGUAAUUUUUGGGUCAUGCUCCAUCUAUCUCGGGUCGGAGGGUCUGAAUUGCAAUAAUACUGUAUCAUUCUUUAUAUGGUGGUGAACUAUCAAAGGAAUUAGCUCCUCUUCUUCUUAAAGCAGCAGCAUCACUUCAGAGGAAGAUGGCAAUGGCAAUGGCAAUGGCACUGACACUCUCUUGUUUUUCGAAGACUCCCAUCAACAUCGGACGCUUCAAUCCUCGCGUUGCUAUUCGUAAUCAGAGUCUCUCUCUACUUUCUUCUUCAUCUAGAAAAUGCAAUUUAUAUCGCCGAACAUGUUCUUAUAUUUCAAGGAAUAUGACCAGCAAGGUAACAUGCAGCCAAGUGAAGUUGGAAGAUGGCAUUGAUGACGAGGCAUGUGAACUGGUUAGUGGAAGUGAGCUUAUAUUAGGGGAAGGUACGGAUAGCAUCCAUGCUUAUUUGUUGAAGGCAGUGAAGAACAACAAUGGAGCUGGUGUGUUGCUUCUAUCUGAUGUUUAUGGCUUUGAAGAUUCAUCUACAAGAGAUUUUGCCUACCGUGUUGCCUGCAAUGGUUACAAUGUUCUAGUCCCAGACUUAUUCCGUGGAUAUCCGUGGACAAAGGACCGACCUGGAACUGAAUUCCAAUCCUGGAUAGCCGAACAAGCCCCGGAGCGGGUAGCCAAAGACAUAGCAACAUCAGCCAAAUGGAUGGUUGAUGAAUUCGUGGCUGCCGGAAUCUCAAAGAAGCUAGGUAUCAUUGGAUUCUGUUAUGGCGGUGGCCGGUUGAUUGAAACAAUAGCCCAAGACGAGGACCGCUACUUUGGCAUUGCAAUCUGCUUCUACGGGUCAAGAAUGGACACAUCACUCGCUGCCAACAUUAAGAUUCCGGUCUUAUUUGUUGCGGGGGAUGAUGACCCACUUUGCCCGAUGAAUGUCCUAAGCGAAAUGGAGAAGAAAAUUAGAGGUUCGAAGGUAGUGAUUUACUACGGCCGGCGCCAUGGAUUUGCACAUCGGCCGGAAUCUCCCGAAGAAGAUGAAGACGCCGAGAAUGCAUUCAUCGUCAUGAGAAAUUGGCUGCAUGAUUGCUUGGUUGUGUAAAUUACUGUGUAGUUCAUGAUGGAAGUAUAAUUUGGGUGUUUAAGGUUUUUUAAUUAAGAAAAUAUGCAAUGUUUAUGUUGA